CACGAUGGAUACAAUACCAUGCCUUUUACUUCUGCUGCUUUUCGCCACCAUCAUACCAGAAAACGCCGGCCUCCAGUGUCACUGUGAGCGCUGCAGUGCCAACUCUAGCUGCACUACAGAUGGUGUCUGUUUCGUCAAUAUUCGCAAGACUGGCUCACGCUUGACGACGGAGCUGCGCCAGUGUGUUCACAAUAAAGAACUGUUACCGCGGGAUCGCCCCUUCAUAUGUGCACCCUCCUUCAAGCAUGAUACAGGCUUUUAUCCCAUUUGCUGUAACACAGAUUACUGCAACAAGGACCCUGACCUCAAAAGUUUACCAGUCCCAACUGUGAAGACUCCACCUUUGGGACCUGUGGCUCUUGCUGCCGUGAUUGCCGGACCAGUUUGUGUACUCUGCUUGCUGCUCGUUUUGGCUUUUUAUGUCUGCCAUAGCCACCGGGUCCUGGGGGCUGGCGGGGCUGGUGCCCACCAUCACCACCACCACCGGGUACCUAAUGAAGAAGAUCCCUCAAUGGACCAUCCCUUCAUCACUGUAGGAACAACACUGAAGGACCUUAUCUAUGACAUGACCACCUCUGGUUCUGGAUCAGGCCUGCCACUUCUUGUCCAGAGAACCAUCGCUCGAACCAUCAUCUUACAGGAGAGCAUAGGGAAAGGGCGUUUCGGCGAGGUGUGGCGAGGUAAAUGGCGUGGUGAGGAAGUGGCUGUGAAGAUUUUCUCCUCCCGGGAGGAGCGGUCUUGGUUCCGAGAGGCUGAGAUCUACCAGACCGUGAUGCUGAGACAUGAGAAUAUUUUGGGCUUCAUCGCCGCAGACAACAAAGAUAAUGGCACAUGGACUCAGCUGUGGCUGGUGUCAGACUACCAUGAGCACGGCUCCUUGUUUGACUACCUGAAUCGCUACACUGUCACCGUUGAAGGCAUGAUCAAACUAUCUCUGUCUACAGCCAGUGGCUUGGCACACCUCCACAUGGAGAUUGUGGGCACACAAGGUAAACCAGCAAUUGCCCACAGAGAUCUGAAGUCAAAGAACAUUCUGGUAAAGAAGAAUGGGACCUGCUGCAUUGCAGACUUGGGUCUAGCUGUCCGUCACGACUCAGCUACUGACACCAUUGACAUUGCUCCAAAUCACAGAGUGGGAACAAAAAGGUACAUGGCCCCAGAAGUACUGGACGACUCCAUAAACAUGAAACACUUUGAAUCUUUCAAGCGGGCGGAUAUUUAUGCCAUGGGAUUGGUCUUCUGGGAGAUUGCCAGUCGAUGCUCCAUGGGAGGGAUUCAUGAGGACUACCAGCUGCCAUACUAUGACCUGGUUCAGUCUGAUCCAUCAGUGGAAGAAAUGAGGAAGGUGGUUUGUGAGCAGAAGCUUCGCCCUAACAUUCCCAACCGUUGGCAGAGCUGUGAGGCGUUACGUGUCAUGGCUAAGAUCAUGAGGGAGUGCUGGUACGCUAACGGCGCUGCCCGGCUCACCGCCCUGCGGAUCAAGAAGACUUUGUCACAGCUCAGCCAACAGGAGGGCAUCAAAAUGUAGACAAACUACCAAACAUGCACACAAACACAUUUCAGACUGGCAUCCAUGUUAUUAGCAUUACAUUGACAUUAUUAUUAUUAUUAUUAUUAUGCAUUAAUUGUUCUUCCCCUCCGCAUUGCAAGGGAAGUUGAGACAUUCUUUUUUUUUUUUUUUUAUCUACUUAUAACUCACUGAUUGGUGAGUUUUGCAUUUAAAGCAGAAGACUUGUGUUGCACACCUGAAUCCGUCGAUGGAUUUGCGGGUAACAGAAGAAGGGCGUGCUCACACUCGGCCAUUCAUGCCAAGCUCCGUUUAGGUACCAUCCCCUCUCCCUCUCCUGGUCUGGCUUUGGUGAGUCAGCCCUUUUGCUUCUACGUCGCUCUGUUGUCUCGGUGGAAUAUUUUCAUUCUUCAGGUGAAUUACUUAUGAUGACACACACCAAUUUACUCACAGUUUGUGAGUAAGCUAUCGUGCCAUAGGUUUUGACUUUUGGAUUAUUUUAAGGAUUCCUGUUUAUUUCUCUAACGGAAAUCGUGACCCUCCUCUUUCAAUUGUGCCAAAGCAGGGGAAGCGUACCAAACUUUACACCAGCCAAACGUGCCAGGCUUUUAGGGACCGGCGCGAUAUGAUUGGCCUAGCGUGAGUACACCCUUAAUCUAAUGAGGGACGUCAGUGCCUGAGAUCACCUUGUAAUACAAAGACUUUUCAGGACCCAUCGGGGCGUGGCCACCCCAGCCUGGCCUUCAUUGCUCAGACCUCCAGUCUGCUGGCGUCACCUCUGAGCUGCCUUACAUGUUAAUCACCACCGCCUCGUUUGCAUUAUUUAGCAUUUCAUUCUUCACCUCAAUUGAGCUACUCUGGAGGGGGGAUGCAUUGACGGCGUCGAUGCGAUCUGUCACAAUAGCCCCAUCCACCGAGACGUUUGUGAAGGAAUGUAACGUUGCGAAGUCCUCCCACAGUACUCGUAGCACUGAAAAUAUUACGACACUCAAAAUGUCCCAUCAACUUGGUUUUGAUUUUCUUACUAAUGUAUUAUUAAUACGUGUUAUUUUCCCAUCACCCUGUGGUUUAUCAAGGCGGUGGAAAGGUCUGUUUAAUUUAUUCUUUUUUUUGUUCCUUUUUCUUUGAGCUAAAAAACUGGACAUGACAACUUCACUGAGUUUUAGCAGACACGCUGCAUCAUAUGCAAUUUACAGUAGAUCAAGUUUUCUCGACUCUGGUAAAACCACAAACAACAAUCAGCUGCCACCAUGCCUUCCAGUACAGCUGUUAGCAGGAAGUGCCAGUGCUUUAAGGAAAACCCAACUCCUGUCAUGUCCGCUGCUGGGCAAGGCAUUUCUCUCUUGCAUUUAUGCAGCUCUGUGUGUGCGAGAGAGGGAGUGAGUGUGUGUCAGGAGCCAUGUGGAAGCCCAUCUGAGCAUUAAGUAGCUCAUACUAUGCACACUCUAAAAGAGCAGGAGGGAAGCAACACCUCAACAACAACCUCUACUCUCUGGUUCCAUUUCACCCUGCCCUCAUGCAAGUCAACACACAAACACCUCAGCAACAAUCUUUUGGACAACUUGUCCUCUCAGUGGACUGUGGCAAGCCAUGAUCUUUGUAUGGGGCACACGGCGACACAACACGUCUCCUUUUUGUGUUUCGGUGCAAAGUGGGCUGGGUUUUUUUUCUGUUUAGGUUUAACAACAAAUGAUUCAUCUAAAAAUAGCAAGCAGAUGUGUACUAAGCCAUAGGUUGUCAAACGUGUGUAAAUACGACAGUGGUACCUCGGUUUUCGUUAGUGUUCAAUGAAGGCUGAAUCGUUCUUAAACAAUUUUCCUUUGAGAAAUAAUGUAAACGAGAUGAAUCCGUUCCAGACUCUAAACACAUUUUAUGGAGAAUAAUUCUAGUAUUCCUUGCAGAAACCAAUGUGAAAUACUUAUAAUUGAUUAAUAAAAAGUGAGAGCCACAUUCCCACUUUGCUACGAGUACUUUCUUGAAAUAUUUAUCAAAGUGCUGGCACUCGCAACUUUCUUUGGCCCCAUAACAGAUUAUUUUGCGUUCAUAUGCCACAAAAAAGUACAUGAAUUGAAUCAUUAAAGCGUGGGAUUCUUUGAUUGGGUACUAGUUUGUUACGGCAAAAACCGGAGCAAACUUUUGGGUUGAAAAUCAAAUUGUACGAAAACUGAGGUGCCACUGUUUAUAUAAUAUAUAUAUACUGUAUAAAUAUAUGUAUAUAUGCUUCAGAGAACCAGCAUCCUCUGCAGUGAACAUUUUGGGUUUUGCAUGUAUGCCAAAAUGUGUAAAUCUUGACAAAACCAGUCUUUCCUCGUCACAUCACCCUUCAAAGAUUGCAGCUUCACUAUAUCGCAGAUUCAUUUUAGUGUGUUUUUUAAAUAAAUAAAUAAUUUCAAGCAUAAAGAUGUCUAAAUGAACUAAAAUGUUAAUACCACAGUAGUAUUGGCCACCAAACCAAUCAAAGUGCGCUGUUCAGUAUCGUGGCCACUGAUUGGCUCAGCCUCAGACAGCAUUACUCUAUUGGAUUAAAGGGGUAGGAAAGUGACUUAAAGAUGUUAUUGCUCAUAACGUUGAAAUCUAUAUUUACACACAUACAAUGUUUGGUGUGUGAAUGUUGCAUCAUCUUUUAUUUAUGUAAACUACACAAUGGAUGGCAUACAUGUUUAUUUGAUGUAUAUAUUUUCAGUUUUUCAAACUUAAAUGAAGGAAGAAGUAUAAAGAAAUACAACUAAGGAAGGAAAAUAAUUCAAAAGGAGCAUCAAUCCAACAAAAACUAGUUUCUUUUUCCUCACUACAAACCCUGUUUCCAUAUGAGUUGGGAAAUUGUGUUAGAUGUAAAUACAAACGGAAUAAAAUGAUUGCAAAUCAUUUUCAACACAUAUUCAGUUGAAUAUGCUACAAAGACAACAUAUUUGAUGUUCAAACUGAUAAACAUUUUUUUUUUUGCAAAUAAUCAUUAACUUUAGAAUUUGAUACCAGCAACACGUGACAAAGAAGUUGGGAAAGGUGGCAAUAAAUACUGAUAAAGUUGAGUAAUGCUCAUCAAACACUUAUUUGGAACAUCCCACAGGUGAACAGGCAAAUUGGGAACGGGUGGGUGCCAUGAUUGGGUAUAAAAGUAGAUUCCAUGAAAUACUCAGUCAUUCACAAACAAGGAUGGGGCGAGGGUCACCACUUUGUCAACAAAUGCGUGAUUUAACAGUUUAAGAAAAUCCUUUCUCAACCAGCUAUUGCAAGGAAUUUAGGGAUUUCACCAUCUACGGUCCGUAAUAUCAUCCAAGGGUUCAGAGAAUCUGGAGAAAUCACUGCACGUAAGCAGCUAAGCCCGUGACCUUCGAUCCCUCAGGCUGUACUGCAUCAACAAACGACAUCAGUGUGUAAAGGAUAUCACCACAUGGGCUCAGAAACACUUCAGAAACCCACUGUCAGUAACUACAGUUGGUCGCUACAUCUGUAAGUGCAAGUUAAAACUCUCCUAUGCAAGGCGAAAACCGUUUAUCAACAACACCCAGAAACGCCGUCGGCUUCGCUGGGCCUAAGCUCAUCUUAGAUGGACUGAUACAAAGUGGAAAAGUGUUCUGUGGUCUGACGAGUCUACAUUUCAAAUUGUUUUUGGAAACUGUGGAUGUCGUGUCCUCCAGACCAAAGAGAAAAAGAACCAUCUGGAUUGUUAUAGGCGCAAAGUUGAAAAGCCAACAUCUGUGAUUGUAUGGGGGUGUAUUAGUGCCCAAGACAUGGGUAACUUACACAUCUGUGAAGGUAGGCGCCAUUAAUGCUGAAAGGUACAUACAGGUUUUGGAGCAACAUAUGUUGCCAUCCAAGCAACGUUACCAUGGACGCCCCUGCUUAUUUCAGCAAGACAAUGCCAAGCCACGUGUUACAUCAACGUGGCUUCAUAGUAAAAGAGUGCGGGUACUAGACUGGCCUGCCUGUAGUCCAGACCUGUCUCCCAUUGAAAAUGUUUGGCGCAUUAUGAAGCCUAAAAUACCACAACGGAGACCCCCGGACUGUUGAACAACUCCAACAACAAUUCCACCUGAGAAGCUUAAAAAAAUGUCUCUCCUCAGUUCCCAAACGUUUACUGAGUGUUGUUAAAAGGAAAGGCCAUGUAACACAGUGGUGAACAUGCCCUUUUCCAACUACUUUGGCACGUGUUGCAGCCAUGAAAGUCUAAGUUCAUUAUUAUUUGCAAAAAAAUAAAAAAUGUAUGAGUUUGAACAUCAAA